CUACGAGACCCCCUCCUCAACACUCAUGGGCUCACCCUGACACCUCAGACACCCAUACUGGUGCAGGACGUCACCCCAGCGGGGCCGGCUGAUGGAAGGCUAGUCCCUGGCGACCAGGUCGUAAAGAUCAACAAUGUUGCCGUCGACGACCUGACCCCAGAGCAAGCGGCUGACCUCAUCAGGGAGUGUCAGUGCUCUGUGAUGAUAACAGUCCUCAGAAACUCAGUGGGACCCAAGUCUUCCUUCAUCACCCCAGAGAAGCGAGCUAAACUCCGGUCCAACCCAGUCAAAGUUCGCUUUGCUGAGGAGGUCGAGGUCAACGGUCACUCUCAGGGCAACUCGCUGCUCUUCCUCCCCAACGUUCUAAAGGUGUAUCUGGAGAACGGACAGACCAAGGCCUUCAAGUUUGAACCCAACACCACUGUCAAGGACAUAGUGAUGACCCUGAAGGAGAAACUGUCUCUGUCUCGUAUUGAACACUUUUCUCUGGUUCUGGAACAGAAGUACAGCAUCAGUAAACUACUGUUACUACAUGAAGAGGAGAGGAUACAACAGGUGGUCCAUCAGAAGGAAGUCCAUGACUACAGGUGUCUGUUCAGAGUGUGUUUUGUACCCAGAGAACCUGAGCACCUGUUACAAGACGACCCCACUGCCUUCCACUACCUCUACCUGCAGGGUAUUAAUGACGUGCUACAGGAGCGUUUUGCGGUGGAGAUGCGUUGCAACACGGCCCUGCGUCUAGCAGCCCUGCAGAUACAGGAGAGACUAGCCAGCUGUGGACAGUCACCUAAGACCAACCUCAAGAUCAUCACGAAGAGUUGGGGCAUUGAGAACUUUGUCUCAUCAACCCUCCUGAGGAACAUGAGGGAGAAGGAUCUGAGGAAGGCCAUUGGCUACCACAUGAAGAAGAGCCAAUCACAGGAGCCCAAGCAGAAGGUGCUGUCGGCCAAUCAGGCGAAGAUUGACUACCUGGCUGAGCUGUGUGACCUCAAGUCCUUUGGCGGGAAGUCCUUUAGUGCCACCAUGAUGCUCCAGGACAGGGAGUCGAUGGUGACCCUGUUGGUGGGGUCGCGGUACGGUAUCAGUCAGGUGGUGAACCACAAACUGAGCAUCAUGACCUCACUCACAGAGUUCAGCAGUAUCACACGCAUAGAGCUGCUACCAGAGUCUGACCGUGUUAGUCUGGUCAAGAUCUAUCUACAGGACAUCAAGCCCAUCACCCUGUUGUUGGAGUCAGUAGCAGCCAAGGACAUGUCCUGUCUGGUGGCAGGGUACUGUCGUGCCCUAGUGGACCCCAGCCUCAUCAUCUUCCCCUGGACACAGGACGCCAAGCAGCACCGCGUGUCUGCCGAGGAGGGCUAUGUGUCGCGGUGUGGCAGUGACUCGGAUGAUUCCUCAGACAUGGACACCCUCAUCUCCCUUGUAUCCCAUAACAACAAGCGGACCGCAUCAGACCCUGUCGGUCUACGACGCAUUAUGGAGGAGAGGAAAGAGGAGAGAAAAGAGAGGAAGGAGAGAGAGGAGAGGAAAAAGAAGGAGAAAGAGGGGAACGAGAGAAAGGAGAAGAGAGAAGGAGAACAAGAGAAAAAUAUGAAAUACGGAACUAUGUCUCCACAGAGAAAAAACAGAGAGAACGAGAGAAUAGAGGAGAAGGUGGGAGGAGUAGGGGACCAGAGAAAGAAAGACACUGAAGCAGGAGGAGAGGAGAAGUCUGAGAAACAACUAGGAGCAGAGAACAGAGGAAUGCAGGAGGACGACAGAGAAAGAGAGAAUGAAAGCGAUGCAAGGUGUUACUACAAUAUCUGCCCUAACGUUACCCCCGACAGCGCAUGCAGCCUCACCCACCCUCACCCUAAGGCUGAGGAAGAGGAGGGUGGUGGUGGUGAGGAAGAGCAGGGGGCGGUCCUGACCCUGGAGCCCGUGCCCAUCCUCCAGCCGCCGCCAGGGUUCGGAGACAGCAGUUCUGACGAGGAGUUCUUUGAUGCGAGGGAUCGGUUCGCCUCGCCUGAAGACCCAACAUCAGGGACUGUGUCCAGAGUCUCCUACCCUGGACCGGACCAAAACCAGGAGCGGAACAUGGACUGGAACCCAGAUCACGUUCCUGAUCAGUAUCCGGACCGGGUACAGAACCGGACAGAGAGCUCAGACGAAAGCCAGCUGCUGAGUUUGGACCCAGAACCCUCUGAGCAGAGCCAGAACCCAUGUCCUACUGUCUCCUCUCUGAGCCACACUGAGGGGGAGGCAUUCCAGCUCGAGUCCAAGCCUAUCCUCACCAAGCCCACCCGAGAGGGGUCCCACCAGGGACCUGGAGAUCCACGGGCGCCUGAUAACCCGAAGGCUGAACUCCAUAGGAGCUCCAGGAGCAGGCGGAAGUCCAUGGAGACAGAGCCCGACGUGAUGGAGUCCAAAUCGGUCACGGCCCUGGUGACGGCAGCCUCCUCCUCCAUCACAGCUGUACGCUGUAGAGUAGAACCAGACGGCAAGGAGAGCACUGAUCGGAGAGGAGACGGGGAGGAGGGAGAGAUGGAGGAAGAGGAAGGGGGUGGAGAAGCAGGGGCAGGACCGAUUCCUCCUCCGGCCUUGCUCACCGGGCAUCAUCGGCCAAAGCCUCUCGGCCUCCACAUUACGGGGAAGAUCCAGAGCCUGCCCCUCUAUUUAUCUCGCUCCCAGGAAACCCUCACCCUCUCUGGGGUGGGCAGCACCACCAGGAGCCCCUCUCAGGAGCCCACCAGCGACAAGACUGAGCGGUGGCGACAGUGGAGGAUUCGAAAGAUUCCGGGGGUGGCGUUGGCGGAGUCGGAUGAUUCCGAGGUCACGCUGACGGAAUCGGAGGUUGGCGAGGUUGUCGUGGAGACGGCCGGGGCGGAAAUCACAAGGUUGACGGUGUCGGAGGUCAAGGAGGUGGUCGAGAAGGUUGUGAUGGUCUACGGAUCCUCCCCUCCUCCUCCUUUAGCACCCAUCUAUGUAGAGCCCAAACCAGAACCCAAAAUGGUUGCCAAGUUGCCUACCUGUCCCAUUGCUACAGUGGAAACCACCCCUCCUAUGGCUACAGCACCUAUCUGUCUGGAGCCCAAACCAGUCUCUGAACUACUCUCCCCAAGCCCCACUAUCCACAAAAUGGCCGCCCCAUUACCUUCCUGUCCUUCCUCUCCUGUGCCCAUACGCGUAGAGCCCAAACCAGAACAUGAAUCACUAUCCAUACACUCCAAAAUGGCCGCCUUAUCGUCCUCUAAUCCCCCUGCUUUAGUGGUAACCACACAGAGUCUGAAUUCCCCUUCUUCUAAUCCUCCCCCAAUCAGAGUAGAACCCAAGACAGACCCUUGCCCUGAACCGCUGUCCCUAGACCCCAAAAUGUCCUCUCCGUUGUCUUCCUGCCCCUCUGCUAUAGUGGUGACCACACAGAGUCUGAAUGGACCGGGGCUCAGCUUCCCUGGUUAUAACAUGAGAGGACGGCCAUUCGGGGGAAACAGCUUCUGUAAACCCCCAGGGGAGGAGGCAGGCCUGCUGAACACCCUGACUACAGGCUGUGGGGUCUUCACCUCCACCUGUGAGACCCAGCCCAACCAGGCCCACAUGGAAUCCUACCCGCUGGAGAAGCCUGAUUUAGGGUGUAGUUCGGUGCUGGUGUCGGGGUGCGAGGUGGUCCUGGAGGGGGUGCAGACGCCCCUGGAGGCAUGCAGGUGUCCGCCACCGCUAGUUUAUACCAACUGUUUCAGUGGGGGUGACAGCUUCGACGAUGAGUUGACAGUUUACGAGUUCUCCUGCCGGACAAUCCAGUCUCCAGGACGAUAUCGGCCGACUACGCCACCGCCGCUUCCCACCGCCCCCCGCAGGGUUCCAGACUAUCCGGAGCGACGUGGGACGAGCUUAUCACCCUCCUGCAGGGAGGGAGGAUGGGGGAGAGGGGAGGCACCAAGGGAGACCUGCGCCACCCACUUCUCAGAGAACAAGCGUCUUCUCCACGGGAGGCCCCGGAGGCUGAUGGCCGGCUGUCAAAAGGUGGUCCGGGUGGGGCAGACCCCGGACGAGAUGCUCUUGUCCCUGUCCGACAGCUUCAAGACCCUGGUGGGCAUGGCCGGCAUGUGCCUGUGGUUCUCCGGGUGCGACCGGUGCGACCGGAGGAACGCUGAGGCGCUGGCUGGGCUGGCGGGCGUGGCCAGGACGUACCGGGAGUUUGUAGCUGGCGGCGGAGAGGCGCGAGCGGGAGGCGGACGCUGUCAUGACCUCAGCACCAAGCUCCUUGCCAAGCAGUGUACCGCCCUCACUGCUUCCGUCUUCUGCCUCACACAGCUGUUCCGCACACUCACCGCCCUCUGAACUGAACCAACGAUCUCUGACCCCUAUAACAACCUAUCGGUUGACCUUUCAACUCUGACCUCUAGACCCACUACACAGGGUCGCCAGACAAUCAGUCAGUCAUCCGGCUGAGUGGGGAAAAAAUGUCUGAACUGGAACAAGUCCACGUAGAGAAGAAGAAGAAAAAGAAGAAGCACAAUUGAAAGGAGAGAGAGAUGAGACUGAUGAAACAAGACGGGAUGAAACAAGACGGUUCUAAUGAUCUCCUGUGACAUCAUAGAGAGCCUCUGUGACAUCAUAAAUAAGGAACCUCUGUGACAUCACAAAGUGCCUGUGUGACAUCACAGGGAACAUGUGACACACUGGAAGACAUAAGAGUUAUGUCAUAACAGUAUGUAACUCCAUUUGGGUCUUUGCUUGUCAAAAAAUAUACACAUAAAAUAAGACUAUUUGACGCGUUAAAUAAGAUUUUAAUUUGACACGUCAAAUAACACAAUUCUAUUAUGAAUGUUGUGUGUGUUGAAUUUGCACAUGCAAGACAAGCUCCACCACUGCUAUCAGUAGCACUGUAUAAACGGUACAAAAAAAAGUCUGCAAACAAGCACACACGGGCCAUAAACGAUGUGUUUACAAUACCGCGUUGGUAAUAAGGCAUUAUUUGUUUGACGGCAACUUCUGGUGUAGCUAGCUAGCUUUAGCUUGGUACCUAGCUAGCACCAAGGGUUCUUAUAAAUUAGGGUACUUUUAGAUGAUGACACCUAGCUAGGUAGUUAGCUAGCUAACUAUAGCUACUGAAACAGAUUAUGUUGUUUUGCUAUGUUUUUUGGGAAGAACAUUGUUUGCAUCCAUCAGCUAGCUCGCUUUUUUAAUAACAAAACUUUACCAGCAUCAUAGCAUACAUAUCGAUGAAUCGUUGUGACAUGAAAUACGAGUGAUAGUGUAAUCAAUGUGUAAUAGAUACGUAAAAAAUAUGUGACGUGCAGUCAUAUUCAGGUCCUGAAUGUUCAACAAGCUUACACUAUUUGACAUGUAUAUUUUUUUUGACACGCAAAAACCCAAAUGGCGUUCCAUAUAACAGGUCCCAAAUGACUGUUAAGCAUUUUAAACAGUAACCUACAGUAUGCUGUGCAAGUGCUGUAACCCACGGCAACUACACAAGGAGGGAUAAACUGGACAUAUGUAGCAUCAUCACCAAACUGCAAGAAGCCUCACGCAAUGACAAUCUCUGGACUCAAAGCCAACCUGCUUGCGUUAAUGUAGUAUUUAACUAAUUUAUUAUAUUUGAAUGUCCAUUAUUUAUUUGUUUUAAUUUAUUAUGUAUUUGUGAUGUUAUCCCUGUGAUUAUUGAUUCUGUAUGGUAGUGGUGUGAGGUGUGAAAAAUAGGAAUGUAGAGGGAAUGGGUGUGUUUACAGAAAAGAGGAUCCAGGUUGGUACACACACUCCAUCAGAGUUGGCUGAAAGGUACAGUCAUGUUGAUUGUGUUAUUAUUUGGCUGGCUGAUCAGUCAGUGGAAGGUUUUAUUUGAUACUCUCUCUCUCUCUCUCUCUCUCUCUCUCUCUCUCUCUCUCUCUCUCUCUCUCUCUCUCUCUCUCUCUCUCUCUCUCUCUCUCUGAAUAAAUGACAGGCGGUCUGGUCACAUGACCAACCCUCAGUCGAGGGGGCGGGGAUCUGAAUGUCGACCGUUUACAAAACCAAAAAAAGGAGGGAAAUGCUGUUCCAAAUGGCACCCUUUUCUCUACAUGGUGUACUACUUUUAACCAGGGCUUAUAGGGCUCGGGUCAAAAGUAGUGCACUACGUAGGGACGGACCGUGUAAAGGUUCAUCACUGUGUAUGAUAUUUUAUAAACCUAGUAGCUGAAUGCUGAUGUCUGCGUAUUACUUUUUUUAAUGCGGGGAGGAAGGGGACGCAGGGAGUGUACACUUUGGGGGACGUGUAGAGAAUUAGCACACAAGCCUAACGUUAUGUGGUUGUAAAAAUGGUGGCCAUUUUACAUUUACAGGAUGUGUCCCAAAUGGAAUCCUAUUCCCAGUAUAGUGCCCUAUGGGCCCUGGUCUAAAGUAGUGCACUGCAUAGGGAAUAGGAUGCCAUUCGGGCCGCUAACACAGUAAGCUUACUAGUUGGUAGGCUGUUGCAUUUUUCUAUCCACACUUUGAACGUUUCUGGAAAGAGAUGUCAAACUCAUUCAACCUGCAUGUUCACUGUUCAGAAAUUAGGAUUGUUUCCAACUUGUACACUACAUUUCAUGUGUUACCUGAUUUCAUUGCAAUACAUAGCACAUUUCUACAUUUUCAAUGUUUAGGUAAAGGUGAUGGAAAAUAGCCUUCUCCCCUUUGCUGCUGUUUAACAUGGGGAGAAAAAAUUAUUAUUUUACAUAUUCAUAUUUCUUGUUGGGGAACAAGUUUGACGAACAAACGCUGAUCUAGACAAAAGAGUUUCACAACUACUGUGUGCACAGCAGGGUUGGGGUCAAUUCCAUUUCAGUUCCAGUCAAUUCAGAAAGCAAACCAUAUUCCAAUUCCAAAUUGUCCUCAUUGAAAAGCAUUGACGAGAAUUGGAAUUACAAUUGGAAUUUCAGUGUACUAUCUGAAUUGACUGGAAUUGAAAUGGAAUGGAGCCGAACCCUGAUGUUCACACUUCUAGUUCUUCUAUUAUAUUUUAAAUGAAGGCUGCAAUGUGUUUUAACCUCCUCUCUGCUAGGGAUGAAAUAUUCCGGUAGGUUUUCUAGAAAUCCCGGUUGGAGGAUUCCAGAUUCCCUGCUUAAUACAUUCAGAUUCUGGGAAUCUUUCAACCGGGAUUUUUGGAAAAGCCUGGGAAUUUUGGGGAGAUAAAGUUCCUGGUAUUUUAUAAACCUACUCUCUGCUCACUAAGCAUGCCCUGCUAAACCAUAACCGCAUCUUUAUAAAAUCAGGGAAAUAACUAAGUAACUGCUGUAUGUGAAUGACUGAAUGAGUGAUACUGCUGUCUGCUCUAUGCUUUUGUCAUGCUAUAA